CUGAUAAGCUUGCAAAACACCGCUCCGAUCACCCAGUGAUCCACGCUCCACUGAGGAGGUUAUUCUUAAUCCAAUGUUCUUGAAUUUGAAGAAAGAGUGGAAUCGGCCAGCCCUGUGGACGACACAUCCGAGUACACUGCCGUUUUAGAUGACGAAAGAAAACAGAGCCUAAAGAUAUCAAAAACCCACAAAUAGUGAUUUGGAACUACUGCAACAUGGAGAAGUGGAAAGCUCCCUGUGAGAGAAACCGUUUCAAAAAAGAAAAGGGAGGUCAUUCCCCCAGGCGUUUGUCCUUUAAAACGAUAUACAGACACAGGAGCUCCACCCAGACAGGAAGAGAGCACUCUACUCAAGAAACUCAUCGUCCUGGUUUGCAAAGAAGAGAACAUGAUUCCCAGCUGCACAAGCCAUAUGUCAGACAACUGCGCCUACCCACAUGCAUAGGAGACCAAAGGAGAUCAAACUUGAGAACUCACAUGCUGAAUAUGAUUGUUAUGGACUUACAGCCGCUAAACCUGGUUGAAGAAGAAGGAUUCCAACAGUUAGUGCAAGUCCUACAGCCGUCUGCUGACAUUCCACUAAGUGCCUCUUGGGUUCGAACUGAACUCUUGAGUAUGUAUGCGCAUAUAAGACUGAAAGUGCAGAAGGAAGUCAGUUAUGCAAAAGACCUGGUGCUUUCCGCCGAAAUGUGGAUCUCAAGCAAGGAUGCAUCCUAUCUCACGGUAAUUUGUCACUUUAUUGAUGAGAACUGGGAACUGAAAUCGUACAUGCUUGAAACGGCACAUCUUCUCGGUGAGCACACACCCGAGAAUGUACAUCAGCAGCUUGUGAGAAUUUCAACUGAGUGGAAAAUCAUUGAUAAAAUUCAGGUAGUGGUCGUGAAUGUAGAUGGCAUGAAAAAGCAAAAAGCAAGGUGGACAUACAUGCCUUGCUUUAGCCAUACCCUCAACAAAGUCUUCAAUGAAGCUAUGGAUAACUCUGACUGGAGAGGUUUGCUGAAGAAGUGCCGCCGUAUCGUUGCAUUUUUUCACCAGAAAAGUGAAGCACUGAGAACAGUUCAGCUGACUCAGUCUCCUGGGGCUGACUGGCUUCCUGUGCUUACCAUGCUGGAAAACAUCUCUGACCAGUGGCAGUCCAUUUCCACAGAGUUCAUGAAAAGGCAAGAGGACAAUCUUUGGCUCAAUGAAAAAGAGAGAAUGAUGCUGGAUAGUGCAGUGGUGGCACUCAGGGUCAUCAAAAACAUCGUAGAGGAGAUGGGCGAGAGCGGUUACAGUUCAGUCUCCAACAUUAUACCUAUGUGCGACAAACUUCAGAGGAGUCUGGAACAUCUAAGGCAAAAUGGGAAUAAGGUAGCACAGAGGCUUGCUGAGAGAAUUGACCAUCACAUGGGAAGCAUCAAACAAAAUUUACUGUUCUCUGUUAGCACAGCUCUGGAUCCAAGAUUCAAAAGCAGUGUACUCCAGCACUUCGAAAAAAUCAAAGCUUACAUCAAAGAAGAAAUGCGCAAGCAGGGAAGUGGAGCAAGUAGUAGCGGAUGCAAAAAAGAACAUGGUGGCCAGAGAAGUUAUGAAGAUUUACUUCUACAUAGAUACGCCACAGAAAGUGACACAUCAAGAACUCUGAAUCCUUUUGUGUUUUGGUCAACUAAAAAUGAUUUUAAAGAAUUGACCAUAGUUGCCCACAAAUACCUCACUCUGGUCUCCACUGCUAUUCCAUUAGAGCGUGUUAUGCAGCAGGAAAAAUCACAGCUCGUUUUUAACAGGAGAAAAUGUGUGGAACUGGAAAAUAUCAAUAUGAUGCUGUUUCUGAAUAACAAUCACAAAAUAUGAGACAUUCAAGAGGGAACAACACUUGUAUUCGGACAAAUGUGUAAAAAUGAAAAUUACACACAUUGUGUCUCAGUGGAAACAGGUGUUUGGAACUGAGGGAUGACAGAUGAUGUGAAACAAACAGAUGAUUGAAACUCUCAAAGUCACAUACUAUUAAAUGGAUGAUGCUUUUUAUUCAUUUUUAUUCAUUUUCAUUUUGUGUCACCCCCUUUAUGUUUCUUUAUUUUAUUCUUUAUUUUAUUUUAUUUAUUUUAUUAUAGGACUGCUUUUUUAUCCUAGUAUAGUGUCAUGAUUAUUUUACUCUGUCUGAUUUAAAAGCCUUUACUACGCUGCCUUGUAAAAGUAUUUGCCCCCUCCUAAUUUCCUUGAUUAUUUUUCUUAGCAUAUUUGACCAAUAAAUGGUUUCAGAUUUUCAAACAAAAUAGGCCAAGGGGAUCCAUAGGAAACACAAAACUCAGUUUAAUUUAUUGAUUGAAAGAGGUUUGCAAUAACCCAUGUGAAAAAUUUUGCAAAUUAAUUGCUCCUUUGCUUCAGAUUGUUUUUUCUUGCUGCAUAAUCCAAUGAUGCUUGAACUUCAGAUCAUGGACGGAUGGCUAAACAUUCUCCAGAAGGACUUUCUGGUAGAAAAUAGAAUUCAUGGUUCCAUUAAAUAUGACAAGUUACCCAGGACAGGAAGCAUCAAAGCAGCCCCACACCUUCACACUACCACCACCAUGUUUGUUGAUAUGAUAUUCUUAUUGUGAAAUGUGGUGUUAGCUUUAUGCCAGAUGUAACGGGAUAUUUGUCUUUAAAAAAGUUCCAGUUUCAACUCACUAGUCCACAGGAGAUUAUUCCAAAUGGCUUGGGGUCAAGAAGGUGUAUUUUAAAUUUGAGAUGAGCCUUUAUGUUUCUCUUGUUUAGAAGUGUUUUGAAACCUUUGCAGUUUCUUUCUAAUGAUGGAAUCAUAAAUGCGGACCAUGUCUGAAGUGAGUAAGGCCUGUAGCUCCUUAAAUAUUUACCUGGCUUCCUUUAUGACUUCUUUUAAGAGGCUAGCCACUUACCACUGUUUCACCACUGUUCCAAAUACCUCACUGUGGUCUCCACUUCUAUUCCAUUGGAGCAUGUUAUGCAACAGGAAAAAUCUAAGCUAAUUUUCAACAGGAGAAAAUGUGCAUAGCUGGAAAAUAUGAAUAUGAUGCUGUUUCUGAAUAACAAUCACACAGAAAUAUGAAACACUCAAGAGGGAACAACAUUUGUACUUUACAUAUUCAGGGAAAUGUGACAAAAGAAAAUGACAGUGUUUCACCCAUGUGUUUCGAAGGAAACAGGUGAAACUUCAUGUUUGCUUGAGUCCCAGAGCUUAAAAAAGGCUUUGUAACAGUUCCCAGACUGAUGUACUCUUUCUUAUCCCCUCUAGACUGAAGUGUGCAGCUUAUUGAGACCUUUUAGCCAACUUCAUAUUUCUGAGUAGGUUCUAUUUAAGUAAUGUUUACAUUCAAAAGAGCUGGUAGUAAUGAAGCAUGGGUGUGUCUAGUUUAACUGAUCUCAGUUAUCAACUAAAUUUGGUUAAUUUGGUUGCUUAACUAGGGGGCAAAUACUUUUUUACACAGGGCCACUUGUUAUGUGAUAACUUUAUUUAUACAUGAUAUUAUGAUUUUGAAACUGUAUUUUGUGUUUACUCAGGUUGUCUUGUUUAAAGAUCUGAAACAGUUAAGUGUGACAGAUUUGCAAAAAUCAGCAAGUUGUAUUUCACAGAAUUGUACACUUCAUUUUAGCCUUUUUUUUAUUAAAACAAUCACAUAUAUUCCUUUAAACAUGCAUUAGGUCAUUCCAUGUUAUUUCAUGUUAUGUGUUCUAAGUUUCAAAACACAGUCAUAAAACAUCUGUACUAAUUUUAUACACAGGUAUAUACAACUUACAUAGUGCUAAUAGCCCUGUGCUUAUCAUAUGACGCUUUGCAUAAUAAGAUGUAAAUAGUGUGGAAUAGAGAAUAAACAAAUAAAAAAUAAGUGUA